AUGCACACUAUCUCCGGCUCACCACUGGAGCUUGACCCCGCCUCGCUGCCGGCACCAGACUGGAUCCUGCUCUAUCUCAUGCUCAGCCGGCUCGCGGAAGAGUAUCUUGCGUCUCGACGACGAGAUGAAGAUGGCGUGAGAGCGGUGUUUAUGCACCUGACGUACGUCUCGUAUAUACCGAAAACCAUUACUACGCCGCUGCACUUCUCGCCGGCCGAGCUGGCGCUGUUGGCGAACACGCCGUUGCUAGGGUCGACGGAGCGCAGGCUGCGUGAGACGCUGGUCGAUUACGAACGUGCGCGACAGCUCGUGUGCGGGCACCUGACGGGUUUGAGCGGGGAUGAAUUUGGAGUGUUCUUGGCGCAGAUUCUGCAGCCGGUCAGCGCGACGCAAAUGGAGCAAGAUCCGUUGAUGGCGCGGACCUUGCACAAAGCGUUGGAGCUGUGGCGGUGGGCGGAAUCGGCGUUCACCUCGCGCUCGUUUCCCCCACGUCUCAUUGGGCUAUCUGACGCCAACCCAGGGCAACCGUCAUCCUCGGAGACGUCUGCGCCGAUCCUCAUCCCAGGGUACGACACGUUCAACCACGCACGCGCGCACCCGGUCACCUGGUCCACCACUCCCGCGGACAGCACCGUGUGCAUGACGCUCAAUUAUGCCCUCCCACACCCGCGCUGCCAGGUGUACAACAACUACGGCGGCAAGUCGAACGAGGAGUUCCUCUCCGGCUACGGCUUUACUCUCCCGACCUGCAGCGAGGAUACCAUGGCGCUCAAGCUCGGCGAAGCGACCAGCGACCCGGAGAGCACGAGCGGCACCACGCACUACUGGCGCAUACCCGCAACCGACACAGUGGACGAGCAGCCACCGAUCCAAGACGCAGAGGGACGCUUCGUCGAGCCUGCGUGUCCGGCUCCCGGGUUGCCCGCCGACAUCCGUCGCGGCUGGGCGCACAACAACAACCCACCACCCAUGUCCGACGCCGAAGCAUACGCCAACAUCAUCGAGGUGCUCGAAGCCAUGAUGCUCCGUAAGCGCAAAGCCUUCCGCGCAAGUCAGCGCACGCUUGACGCCGUACCGCAACUUCAACUGGUCGAGGGAGAACACGCGGCGUGGCAUCGAGCAGAGACGGACAUGGUGAGAAAAGAAGUGUUUGCCAACAUCGCCCAGUAUCGACACGGUCAGCUGAGGUUGUUGAAUCACGCUGUCAAGUGGUCCCAAGACGUGUUGGAAAGAGUGGCCGACGUGUUGGAUGGGGAGGACGACUUUGAUUCAGAUGAUGAGGACGAGCAAGGACAGGCGGAGCAGUAG